UCGGACGACGACGAAGACGACGAUGGCGACGAAGAGGAAGACUACCCAGGGGAAGGUGCAAAGGCAUUCUAUCUGUCACAACGCAUCACCUCUGAUCGUCAUUGGUUCCUUGUAAAGUUUUACGAUCAUCUAGGCAGUAUCGACGAGGGUCUUAAAGACGAGAAGACUCGCUGUCAACAUGCCUGUCAAAUGCGAAAGAUUCUGGAAGACAUGGACCCACGAGGCAAAGACAUUGCAGUGAUAGCUACCGAGGAAGGAAGAGCCGUGUGGAAUCUAUGGGUGGCUCCGCGUCUCGAAAAUCAAACGUCCAUCACAGCUGGUACCCUGAUGUCAUACAUGGGCUCUUUCAAGAAGUUUUUGAAAUUUGUCGUUCAAACCCAGAAACGUCGUUGUCUCGUCGAUGGAACACCGCGGCUAUCGGACGAAACCGUAGACGUCCUGCAUGAGAUCACUGGAAAGCUCCAGGGAUGGCGAUCCAUCAUUCUGAAACAAAGUGCGGUGCUGCGCAACGAACACUAUCUCCAGGAGUGCGAGCAACGCAUCACGCGAGAAGACCUUCAAGCAUUUUUGAGAUCACCCGUUGUGGCCGAGGCGGAGGCUCUCUUUGGCGCGGACGGCAACCGUCGAGGGAUCCAGCGCUUUUCACGAGCUCGAGACUAUCUCAUCGCCCGCCUGGCAGUAUCGUGCGGCACGCGCCCCAAAGCACUGGAAACGGCCACGUUGGAACACUUUAAACAUGCCCGCCGAGAUGUCAACUACCCGGAUUGUUAUGUUAUGCUUGUACCAAAACAUAAGCGGCAGAUGGACGGACCGGCCAUCGUCACGAUGGACGAGAGGCUUCACGGGUUUAUCGACACUUAUAUUCGAGAAAUACGACCCGCGGUGGUCGCCUCUCCGGAGGAGACACACUUGUUUCUCAAGAUCGACGGAGAGCCCUUUGAACAGGGUACAAUAGGAAACCGCGUCAGUGAACUGUGGAGGAAGUCGGGAGUCCGAAAAGGGGCUCGCGUCACUUGCACAGACUUUCGAAAAGCCAUCGUAACCAUGGUGGAAGAGGCAAACAAGGAAGAGAGACGCAAGACCGGUCGCGAAUGCAUUGCCGAUAACGACCUACGAAAGUUGCUGGCUCACUCUCAAAAGACUGCCGCUAUCUGGUACAUGAGAGAAGAUCUGACUUCUCUGGGAGCGCGAACACACACCACCAUUCAACGCAUUAGAGAAGGGAUACAACAAGAAGACAACGGGAUGCAUUCUAUGACCACACCUAGUGGCACUGCAACCAGUAGCACCGAAAGGGAAAGUGCACCGUCUCGAGAGCCAUCGCCACCGGUGUCAUUACCAACCCCACAG